GCCUGCACACGUUUUAUUCUGAGGCAGCUCGCGCUUUGAACUGCAGCUCUUCUUAUCAGGCAGCUGGUAAAACAAGGUCACAUAAGAUUAUUUUAUUCUUCUUUAAAACAUAAACUAACGCAUUGUCUAAAGUCUAAAUGGAGCGUUCUAAUCAGAAUGAAAAGCUAGCCACUAACACGCAGAACAACUCUGUAAACGGUCAUUUUGAAAGUGUGAAAAAAGUGAGGAGCCGGACUAGUGGUACUCCGGGAGAGACUGUCUCACGGGCAUCCCCCCUCAUGGAAAGCUGGAAGGAAGAACGCACGCGAAGUGUUGAAGACAACGAAACGAGCUUGCCGAGCAUUGCUGCUGCCUAUAGUACUAUCCUCAGCGGUCUUGGCGAGGAUCCCCUAAGACAGGGACUUCUUAAAACGCCUUGGCGAGCGGCGACAGCAAUGCAGUACUUCACCAAAGGAUAUCAAGAGAAAAUCAUCGACAUACUGAACGAUGCCAUUUUUGAUGAGGAUCACGAUGAGAUGGUGAUUGUAAAGGACAUUGAUAUGUUCUCCAUGUGUGAGCAUCACUUGGUCCCAAUAUUUGGCAGGGUAAGACAUUAGUACAAUAAGUGCUGCUUAUCACUUGAUAGGAAGCAAUACAUUUGAAGCUAAACACAUUUUUGCUGUUUAUGACAUUGUAUGCUGAUUAAUUUAUUAAAGAAUGAAUUUAAUCCAUAUUAUAGUGUGGCUAUUAUGUACCAAAAUGUGGGAACAAUCUAAUCUGAAUACUUUCUGAUGCAUGGUGUUCUACAAUUUCAAAUUGGGGAUGGGACUCAGCCACUGAUUCAGUCUUUGAAGUAGUUCCUAAUUAGACAUGGGGUCUAAACUGACCUCCUCCUAAUAUGGUUAAUGUCCAUAUGGCCAUGACGUUCUAUUGUCAACACACAGCUCUUUAAAGAUCUAUGAGUAACUGUGCAUUUACUGCAGGCAAAUGUCACUGCCACAUGUGUUUUUGAAUGUUGUUUUUAAUUUAAUUGUAUCUAUUUUUUAACCCUUCACAAAUUGACACCUUAUCAUGAUGAAUGGGAUUUUGUGUGCCUCUGUGAUCCUAGAAGAUAUGUCAGGAGUAAUUGCCCCUGGCAGGGUCUCACUAGGCAAAUUGGUGAGCAACAAGACUAAGUAUGAUUUGCAUAGACCCAUAUGAUGAUUAAGAACAUGAACCAGAAUUAUGGAAACCAGGGCCCCAGAGGGCUCACAGGCGAGCUCCUGGUGGUUAGGCUGCUACCCAUGGCCGGGCAAAGCCCAAAAGAGUUGCAUGGGUCCACCCUCCUGUGGGCACAGUUUGGAGUGCAUUAACCUGCUUAUAUACUGUAAAUACUACAGUUACUACAUAUUUGGCUUACACAAUUGUACAUAAAGACUGGUCUUUGGGCUUAGUAACAAUUUUGAACUACAACUAGCUUAUAUAAAUUUCAGUAGUUUUAGAAGAACCUUUAAUGGUAUCAGUAGUUUGUGUUUUUAGUAGUGGGUCUGAUGUUAGUAGGCUAGCCUACUGUCACGGUUCGCGGGUGAGCGAGUAGGGAAGCAGGCGAGCAAGCCAGGACUUCAGGUAAAGCUGGGUUUAAUGCACAAGACACGGACAUCGACGGACAAUACAAUGACCAGUCUGGGGAAGACUGACUCAGACGAGGA